UAAUAAUAAAGUAUUUGAUAGCAUAUGAUGUGACACAUCGUAAGCAUCAAUCACUUAAUGACCACAAUUGGUGACCAAUAAAGAGUUGAUCGUUGGAUGAGAUGAUAUGUUUUCAUUACUGUACGGUUUGUGGAAAUAUCUAACCAGUCGUGAUCAGUAUCAGGUGCUGAUCGUUGGUCUCGACAACGCAGGAAAGACUACUUUUCUGGAGCAGUCAAAGACACAAAUCAAUCAACAUUACCGCGGAGUACCACUCAAUAAGAUAACGGCUACAGUUGGUCUAAACAUUGGUCACAUUCAUACAAAUGGUCUAACAUUGAACUUCUGGGAUUUGGGCGGACAGACAGAGUUGCAGACACUUUGGGAUAAGUAUUACUCCGAAUCUCAUGCAGUCAUAUAUGUUGUGGACUCGUCUGAUACCGAAAGACUUGAAGACUCUAAAGUAGCCUUUGACAAAAUGAUCACAAAUGAGACACUGAGUGGAGUUCCUUUGCUUUUAGUGGCCAACAAACAGGACAUUCCCGAAUCACUUUCAUUGCAUCGAAUUAAAGACAUAUUCUUCAUGAGUGAUGAAUUAAUCGGUCGACGCGAGUAUUACUCAGUGUCCGCAUCGGCUCUCAAUGGUAAUGGUGUAAAAGAGAGCAUAGAGUGGACAGUGGCGGCCAUCCAGAGGAAUGCUGUCAAUAGACCGCCCCUUAAUAGCGACGAAUAGUUAACAUAUUUUUAAAUUACAUUCAAAUUUUAUAGAUAUUAUUAAUAUUUAUAUCUUAUUGCUAACAAAUUUUAUUAAUAAAGUUUAUUGAAAUUUUUUUAUUUACUUAAAUAAAUUAAUCAA